GGGAGAGGUUGUGAGGAGCGGCAUUCGGGGCGAGCCAGCAGUGGGGUUGACAGUGUGUCGGUGUGUGCUGAGCAGGUCUACCUACAAUAUUGGCAAUCCCAGCACCUCCUCCUUGUAACCUACUCAAACCUACAUUUACGCUCUCACCAGGGAUCUGCGAGUCCAUGUUUUUCGUUUAUUAGGAUAGCCAUAAAGACUAGUAAACUGAGUGGCAAAACAAAGUGGAUGCAGCUCUGGCAAGCGCAGUGAUAGGAGAGCUUGUUUACGAAAGUUGAGUGUGGAAAGAGGCUUAUUGAGACAUCGUCAGCGAAGACCAAAGGUGUACCCGCAGCAGCAGACAGGCGUCUCACCUGACAACCUUUCCAAUAGGCAUCUUGCUGGACCGGACACCAGAAUUCUACCUGAUAGAGCCUCUUCGAGCUCACUAGAACCUUUAAGGAGGUGCUCGUGGUGCUUACAAUCUGCUGUGCUCACUAGAGUUUGCCUCAGUCACCGCCUCAGGUAGCGGCAGACCUGGCAGACCUCCCCUGACGUCAAGGAUCUAUCUCCCCCACCACACCCGCUCACCUUGUAGCCCAGCCAUGGGCGGCCUUCGUGGGGUGGGCGGCCGAGGGCUGCUCCUGCUCUCCCUGGUGGCUGUUUGGGCGCCAGUCUCAUCCAGACUAGUAUACGUGGAAGAGAACCUACCACUACCGGGAGAGGAAGCUCCACCAGGAUCACCAUGGCCAUUGCCUCGUAAUUGGUCAUCUACCCCAGACCAACUGACCCUUGACCCCGCUACCUUCAUCAUCUCUUCUGACCUAACUGGAUGUGAUGUUAUUGAUGCUGCAUUACACAGGUAUCAGCACCUGGUGCUGAUUGAUCCUGAAGCAACGGCUGAUCCUGGGCUGACACUCUUGCCCUUCCUCAAUGUGUCAGUUAUAUCUGGUUGUGAUCACACGCCUCACCUUAAUCUCCACCCUGACUAUGAGUCCUACACUCUGGAGAUAGCACUGACAGAAGUAGCAGAGACGGAAGGUGCUGAACCAGUCUUGCGGGCAUCAGCCCACCUGGUGGCCCACACUGUGUGGGGAGCCCUUAGAGGUUUGGAGACUUUCUCGCAGCUAGUCCAUAUUGUUGAACCAGAGGACCAUUACCGGGUAAAUGUAACACAUGUAGAUGAUGUGCCAAGAUUUCCUCACCGUGGUCUUCUCCUCGACACUGCCAGACACUUUCUACCAAAGGGUACCCUUCUUCAGGUGCUAGACUCCAUGGCAUGGAACAAGCUUAAUGUUCUUCAUUGGCACAUUGUUGAUGACCAGAGUUUUCCCUACGAGUCCAGGAUCUUUCCCAACCUAACCCUACACGGCGCGUACACACCACGACAUGUUUACACUCAGCGGGAUGUGAUGGAUAUUGUGGAGUAUGCUAGAUAUCGUGGUAUCAGAGUUAUUCCUGAAUUCGACACCCCAGGGCAUACCCAAGGCUUUGGCAAGGCCUUCCCACACUUGUUGACGCCAUGUUAUGGUGAUGGUGAAACACCAGGCACCCCCAAAUUCCCGUACCAUGCUGCCUAUGAGAACCUUGACCCUACCAACCCUCAGGUGUAUGACUUCCUCAAGGCCUUCAUGGUGGACCUGAAACAUACCUUUGUUGAUGGGUACAUCCACUUAGGGCUUGAUGAGGUCUUCUUGUCCUGCUGGUCAAGCUCUCCAGUUGUCCGAGCCUUCAUGGCUCGCAACAAUUAUACGGAAGUGCGGCAAGUAGAGAAGCACUAUGUUGAGAAGGUUCUUGAGUUGGCUGACCUUACACCCAUUAAUUAUGUCACCUGGCAGGACCCUGCUGAGCGCGGCAUACAAAUGGCCAACACAAGUGUAGUGCAGGUAUGGAAGGAUGUUUCCCUCUCCCCAUCAAAGAUGCGAGGAUGGCGAGAUUAUGUGCACGACCUCACACAAGCUGGUCAUCAGGUCAUUCUCUCCUCCUGCUGGUACAUCAAUUACAUAACCUAUGGCCAGGAUUGGAGAAACUUCUAUAACUGCGAUCCCACUGAUUUUCAAGGCACAGAGGAACAGAAGGCACUGGUACUUGGUGGGGAGGCAGCUAUGUGGGGAGAAUAUGUAGAUGCCACCAACAUCAUGCCUCGCCUUUGGCCACGUGCCUCGGCAGCAGCAGAACGGCUGUGGUCCGCCCCAUUGAGUGAAGCACCCUCUGUCGACACUGCUGCCUACAGGCUUGACCAGCAUCGCUGUAGGAUGCUUAGACGUGGUGUUCCUGCACAGCCAAUCUUGAAUGGAUAUUGUGGUGAGUGGGAAGUCCCUCAAGAUGUCAUGAUGUCCACUCCUCCUCCAACCACAACUACCACGACCACCACCACAACCACCACUACAACUACACCACCUCCAACAACCACAACUCCUUCCACUACAUCUACAACCACCACAACUACAUUGCCUACUACCACCACCACAACAAGUGCUCCAUCAACCUCAGAGCCAAUGCCCCCACCUCUUUCAGAGCCAGCAGGGCAUCAACAAACAGAAAAUCAAAGUAGCCCAGGGGACAUUCAGCAGCACCCAGCUGCUGCACACACAACACAAGUGACUCCAACAGCAACACAUGCAGGUGUUACUGUCAAUGAACCAGCUGAAGGUGUCCCAAGUGCGGAGGGUGCUGUUACGUUAUGAAAGUAAUCUUGGUUGACUUCUUGUCUUGUGCAUUUUUUCUGUGGAAUCUUUGUUGCUUUUGAUUUUUUAAGAAUUUACCAAAUAAAAAUGAUUGAUUUUCGUAGGGCUCAAAACAACAGUUUUCCAUGUGGAUUUUGUUGAGCCUCAAAUACAGCAUUGCUUGAGAGGAAAUCCUACAGCUCUAUUAUAUACAGUAGUUUCCUCCAUUUACUGUGUGACAUGGACAAUACUAAAUGUAUUGCUGUCAAUUAAAAUUUAUGUUUAAUAAUCUUCUAAAUCCAUUAUUCACAUGCAACUUUAUUUUACAGUAAGAUGGAAAGACAGUUUUGUCACUUGCACAUAAAUCUUGUACAUUUAACCGGUUUGUGGCAUCUUGGAUGCAUUAAGUUAUUUAUGUUAGAAGAUUCUAAACCUGUAAAUUUUAAAGGACUUAGAUCUAUCAAGAGAGUUCAGGCUUCUUCAGAUAUUGUGUGUGAGGGUUUUGAAAUGCCAGUAUGUCAGCUGUUUUCAUUCCCCAAAAGAGGAAGCAUCUUGUGGUGUUUUUUUCCUGAGAUGCACUUCUAUAUAGUAAUAAUCGUGCUGUGAUUAAUAAAUAUGUAUUCAAAGGUGCUACGUACAGUGCCUAAGUGUUAGUAAUUUGAAGGACAACUAAGAUUUUGCCUUCAUAUGCCAUAUACAAAACAAGUACAACAGAAAGUAUUAACUGAAGACAAAGAAAUCAAUUUCAUUAAUUAUCUGAAUACACAAAUAUUUUUCUGAAUAUUUUAAUUCGGCUAAUUAUGCGAAAGACUUUUUCAAUGAACUGACAUUUUUAGGCACUGACAAAGUGUGGCAUAUUUAUUUUUAUUUAUGCUGUAAGUUGUGAAUUAUUUCACUUAUGUCAUGUAUUACUGUAUUCAUUUCAAGAAUCAUUUAAAGUGGUGCAUUAUAUUUCCCAAACAUUACAUCAUUGUUUCUAUUUGUAUAUAACUUAAAAAAAAAAAAGUCGUUUCCCAGCCAUGUCCCUCCAUACAUACAACUUAAGGUACCAUGUUCACCCAUUGAAGAACUCACUUGUUAUUUUUCACACUGUAAACUUAUAAUUCUCAUUUUUAUUCAUUAUUUAGCACAAUAACACUUGCACACACAAAAACACUUUAUCAUUACUAUAUCACCUAACAAUUCUGUGCUAGCAUGUUACACUGUACAGUAUAAUGUUACUAAUAUAACUCAUCAUGCUGUACUCACAUCACAGUGAGUACAUCCUGUUAAACAUUAUCAUACCCUCUCAUACUACUUUCAAAUAAUUAUGUUAGUGCUUAAACAGUGUUAAAAUUAAUGAAAACUGCAAACAUAUAUUUUAGCAAUAGAUAGGUAAUGCACAUCUAGUUAAUUUUCUAAUUAUUUAGAAAACUUUUGUAAAACACUAUAUUUUAAUGAAAUAUUAAUAAAUGUGUCAUU